AUGCACUAUAGGAUUACGAAUUAUGUGAAUCCAGAUUGUUUGGUACAAAUAGAAGAUGUGCAAUUUAAUUGUCAUUUGUUGGUACUUCAGUGUUAUUCGGCAUAUUUCAAUGAGAAAACAUCAAAAGAUGUCGUCAAACUUCCGGCUGCCAACGUAUCACCCAAAGCAUUCGAAUUGAUUUACGAAUGGAUGACAUACGUUCACGGUGAUAGUUACACAAUAUUAAAAAGAGAUAAUAUAUUAGAAGUUUUUUUGGCCGCACAGUUUUUAGGAAUAAAAGAACUCGAAGAACAAUGUUGGGCGUUUGUCGAUUGCGAAGAUUUAUUUACCGAAGAUACAGCUUUUAUAUUAUAUCUGGAAGCGAAAAAAUUUGGAAUUUCCGCAAUUAUGGAACUCAUGAUACCUAGAAUAAUGAAAUUUUUUCUUACAUUGGUCAGUUCGAAAGAUUAUUUGGAAUUACAAUUGGAUGAAGUUUUCGUACUUCUCUCAUCCAACUACAUAUCAGUUCACAGCGAAAUAGAAGUUUUUAUGUCGGCUGUACGAUGGUUAUGGCACGAUUGGAAAGAAAGAAAAGAAUGUUUAGAACAGGUUAUGUCAUGCGUAAGAUUCGGUCUCAUAGCUCCUUGGCAAUUAGUUGAUAUUAGAAGGAAUCCUGAAAAUCCUGAAUUUUUAGAAAUAACAUCACAUCCGGGAGUUCAACAAAUGAUUGACAACGGUUUAGCGUAUGCUAUUAUUAAAUAUUGGUACGGUAAUCAAACGGGUGAUUAUUAUCAUUGGAUAGAUCUUUUAGGUUUAUCCGAACCACCGAGUAGAAAUUGGGCAGGUGACGAAAAGAAUUACGUGACGUAUAGAGAAUUUCUACACGAUCUCGAACAAUAUAGAAAAGAAUUAUAUAACGAAAAAGAAAAAUCUCGUACGAAAAGAGAUACACAAUCGACAAAAAGUAAAAGAAAUAACGAUCAAUCGGGUUUGACGACGAGUCCUAGAGAUUCGAUACAACCAUCGCAACCGGAAAGAAGACCGUCAUCGAGAAAACAAUCGAAUCCUAUUUCCGGUAAAUCGGCUAGAGUUGAAGUUGCACUAGGAGAUACGAUGAGGAGUGAAAUUUACGAUCACUCUUUAUUAUUAAAAGAUUAUUUGAAAGAAGGAAGUUUAUUUUUUUCCGAAAGAGAAUCUGUAUUGGUUUUUGGUGGUAUAGAUCCUCACAGUAAAUAUGGGGAUGGUAGAAAUACAGGAAGAAAUAUUUUUCGAUAUAAUUCAGAAUUGAAUCAAUGGGAUUUGGUUGGAGAACUUCCGCAACCACGUCAUCAUCACGCAGUGGCCUUUCUUAAGGGAAAAGUUUAUUUGGCAGGAGGUACUGAUCCAAGAGAUGACGAACAAGGCAGAACGGUCGUGGUGGGUACGGUUUGGAGUUUCGAUCCAAUAUCUAGAGCAUGGUUUAAAGAAACCGAUAUGUUGACUCCCAGAAAAAACUUUGGAUUAUCAUCUGUUAAAGGAAAAUUAUUGGCUAUAGGUGGCCAAGAUAAACAUGGCAGAAUAUUAUCCUCGGUGGAAAAAUACGAUCCUUUAACUGGAAACUGGGAAUAUAUAACAAGUUUAAACGUCGAGAGAACCGGAGUUGCUGUCGCAAAAUACAAAGAUACGGUUUGGAUUGCUGGUGGAAUGACAAGCUCUAGAAAAACUCCUUUGACUUCUUCGGUAGAAAGUUACGAUCCAAAAUAUAAUACUUGGGUAGAACAAUCAAGUUUGCGCUUUCCACGAUGCUUCGGAUGCCUUUUUGCAAUGAAUGACACGUUAUAUUACAUUGGUGGUGCAGGUAGAGUGUCAGAAAAAGAAAGAACCACAUCAAGCUGUAACGCAAUCGAUAUAUGGAAUCUAAAAGAAAAAGAAUGGAAAUUGCAUUUUGCUAUGUCAAUACCACGUCACGGUCACGCAGUAGCUUAUUUGGGAACACAAAUUUUAAUUAUUGGAGGUGUUACAACAGCAUAUUUAAGAGCUUUAAAUGAUGUAGAAUGCUUCUGUUGCGAAAGGAAAACUUGGGUAAAAGGAUUAACAGUACUCCCAGUUCCACUUUCUGGACACGGAGCAGUCACUCUUCCACCAGCAUCUCUUAUGUAA